GGGCGACUGUCGUCCCCAGUGAAAAAACUAAUGCAGAGGGGGGAGAGAGGGGGGAGAUAAACGGAGAGAGAGGGAGGGAUAAGAGAGGGGGAGAGAGAGAGAGAGAGAGAGAGAGACUGGGCUAAGUGGACAGACCUCACGUUGAGCUCAGAUGAACCUCGGCAUCCUUUCCCACGUUGGAUCAUUUCAGCUCCGUUAAACCGGAGAACCGCCGGAGCGGAGCGGCGAACACACGGUGUUCCUGUGCAGCGUGUGUACUGCAUGCGAAAAUGUGAGAGAAGAGGGUGAAAUGAAGACCUACUCUGGGAAGAAGACACAUGAAGCAGGAGAAGGAAGAAGACAGUGAAAAAAACGCAAGAUGAACCAUCAUAAAAAUCUGCUUCUGAUCAGCCAUUCGUCAGUUAUUCUUUGAAACAAACUGAUCAGUGAGCCUCAGCUAUGGCAGCACAUAUUGUGCUUCUUUUUCUUUUGUUCUGUAAAGGGGAGAGAAAUGGCAUUUCAGUUGUUGUUGGGUAUUCAGAGGAAGAUCGGGAUUUGCAAAUAACAACAAGCAAAAGACAACAAGUUUUAGCUCAUCCAGAAUCCACUGACAACUUUUUUGUGAGAAUCAAAGAACUGGAGAGCCAGCUUCAGAAUAACAAGGAUGAUAUAAGAACCCUGCCAAAUGUGGCUUUUAAACUAAAUGACAGAGAACCUAAUGAUUUCGACUUUAAGAACCAGGCUGCAAGAAAAGCAGUCAUACUUAAACAUCCUGAAUCUGCUGCCAAAUCCCUUAUACCUAAACAUAGCCCUGAACUCACUGUGAACCACGAGAGAAGGAGCAAUUUGACUAAUGGAGAGGUUGAAGGUGUAAUUAAUGAUCACAGUCUAGUGCCGAGUUCAGAGGAGGAGUACUCUCUCCAGCCCGAGCUCAGUUUGGAGACAGGUGUCGGUGACGUUCUGCCUGAGAAGACACGGGGCCGCUCUAAAUGGGUCACGAAGUCUGAGGACGGUCGGCCUGGGCCUCGCUCUCGCCGCCGGAGGAGCUGGCUCUGGAACCAGUUCUUUGUGAUCGAGGAGUACAGAGGGCCUGAGCCUGUGCUCAUUGGACGGCUGCACACAGAUAUGGACAAAGGAGACGGGCACACUAAGUACAUGUUGGAGGGAGAGGGUGUGGGCUCUGUGUUUGUUAUUGACAGCAACACAGGCAACAUACAUGUCACCAAGUCUCUGGACCGCGAGGAGAAGGACCAGUACCGUCUCAUCGCAACAGCUACAGACCGUCAGACCGGCCGAGCCCUGGAGCCCUCCUCCGAGUUCAUCAUCAGAGUGCAGGACAUCAAUGACAACCCACCCAUCUUCCCCAACGAAGCCUAUGUCGCCAUGGUGCCCGAGAUGGCCAACAUCGGCACUUCCAUAAUCCAAGUCACAGCCAGAGAUGCUGAUGAUUCAACAUAUGGAAACAGUGCCCGGCUGGUGUAUGCCAUCACUCAGGGCCAGGACUAUUUCUCUGUGGAUCCUCAGACAGGCGUCCUGCGAACAGCCGUACCUGAUAUGGACAGAGAGACUCAGGAUGAAUAUCUGGUGGUCCUCCAGGCCAAAGACAUGGGGGGGCAUCUGGGCGGAUUAUCAGGGACUACAACCGUCACUGUGAAGCUGAGCGAUGUCAACGACAACCCCCCUCACUUCAGACGGAGUGCAUGGUCAUUCUCUGUAUCUGAGCUAGCAGCACCAGGUGUGGAGGUGGGCCGUCUCACUGCCACCGAUCCUGAUCUGGGAGAAAAUGCACAGCUGGAGUUUACUAUCCUGGACACUGAGGAGGCUGAAAUAUUCAAUGUAACCGGAAAAGACCAAGAGGCCAUAAUUGUGCUGAACAAGCUGCUCGAUUAUGAGACCCGCAGUUCCUACACUUUCUCUGUGGAAGUUGCCAACCCUAUAGUGGAUGCCCGAUACCUAAGGAAAGGUCCCUUUAAGGACCAGGCAACAGUCCGGGUCAUGGUCCUUAAUGCUGAUGAGCCACCGCGAUUCUCCCAGGCUCGGUACCAUCUGGACGUGUCUGAGAACUGCCCCCCUGUCUGCUCUGUUGGACGGGUCUAUGCUGUGGACCCAGACACAGGACAAAGUACCAACAUCAGGUACUCCAUCGAUCCCCAGUCAGACCCUGAGGCUCUGUUCCGCAUCGCCUCUGACACAGGCUCUAUCAGCACAGUGAUGGAGUUGGACCGUGAGCAGGAGCAGUGGCAUAAUAUCACUGUCAUCGCCACACAGAGGGACAAUCCAAAUCUUGUGUCAAGGGUUGUGGUUGCCAUAGAGACACUAGACCAGAAUGACAAUGCGCCGGAGUUGGACAGGCAGUACACAACGUCUGUAUGUGACUCCAGUGCCCCUGGUCAGGUAGUGCAGGUUCUGAGAGCCAUCGACAGGGACCAGGGAGGGCAGGAUGCCCCAGUCCACUUUAGCAUCCCUCCAGAGUCCAGCUCUGCACUUAACCUCACUAUCAGGGAAACUGGAGGUGUCACAGCCAGCCUGGUGCUCCAGUCAGCCUUGGAGCCCCUCCCUGGCUUCUCCUCAUCCUUACUCACCCUGUACGUGCCAGUUGUGCUGCGCGACGGGGCCUCGGGUCUGACCAACACUGGCACGGUCACUGUGACCAUUUGUCCCUGUCUGCGAGGGGGCAUGCAGACAGAGGAUAGGGGGAGACAGAGGGACAAGAGAUGGGAGAGACACAUGGUUUGUCUGCCCGUGCCAUCCACCUCUCCGUCUCUCAUAUUCAGUCUGGUCACUUUACUUGCUAUGCUGGCCUGUGUCACCACUCUGCUGGUGGUGUGUGCACUCUCGCUGUCAUUGCGCCAUCAGAAGCGAGACUCCCACUCACCCUUCGAGGAGGAUGAUGUCAGGGAGAACAUCAUAUCCUAUGAUGACGAGGGGGGAGGGGAAGCAGACACCGCAGCUUUUGACAUUACAGCACUGCAGAGCAUGCACAGAAUACAGCACAUGCACAACAGAAACAUAUGGUACACCCAGCAGAAUCCGCCGAGGGCCAGGACGUACAGCUGGAGCCGUAACCCGCGCCCGGGCCUGGACCCUCAGCAGAGGCCAGGCUCUGCUCCGCUCUACGGACGCCUCUGCUACGGCAUCCACACGCUGCCUGUUCUCAGAGAUUAUCCGGCCGGUCCACUGGAGGCAGGUCUGCAACUAACGCAGCUGACCCAUGGGCUCACCGGAGGUCAUAUUGGCAAUUCCCUCGUCAUCCAGAACCAGAGCACCUUUGAGCCUCUGCUGCACUCUCCUGAGAUGAGCCCUGGUAGUUAUGAAGCAGAACACAUGCUGGUGAAGAGCAAAAUUACAGACAGAAAUGAAGGCAGCGAAGCAAACACAGCCGGCACAAAAGAGAAACAGGAUCAGGCCAAGACAAGCAAAACAGAAGCAGAGCAGACACCAGCCAACAACGCUGCGAAUCUGGCCUACUGUGACCCAAAUGAGUCUUCAUGCCAAAGUCACACCAGCUCCUCAUCAAACCAGCAGGAGGGGCGACCGGGGUCAUCGCAGACUCAGAUCAGUACGGCAGCCACCAGCUGCACAGUAGACGACAUUGACACUGAUUCUUCCAUCCCUUCCAUUUCAGAGCGAAAUUAUUCAAAUGGUAAUCAGCUCAACUCUCUAAACCCUCCUGUUUACCUGAAAGGAGACACAUACAGCAUUGUGGGCUCGCUGAAUCCAAACAGCAGAGAGACGUGUAUGAAUGGAACUAGUGGCAGCGGGUUAUAUUCAGCAGGGGUGCAGCUACUGAACAUGUGCACACUCCAGAGAAAGGAUUUGACCCCACAGCCUUUGCCCUUACCUGGGGGGAUGUUUGGCAACAGCAGAGGCUGGCCGCUGGUGGCAGAGCCUGCAAGAACAGAAGCCACUAACCUGCAGCCUCUCCGGAUGGAAGACCUCCUGAAUUUCCGUCUGGAUCAGGUCACCUUUGACCUGUCGCAGCCGCCCUAUGACUCACUGCAGACUUAUGAGUUUGAGGGCCGUGAUUCAAGAGCUGAGUCACUGAGCUCGCUGGAGAGCGACGGAGAGAAGGACGAUGGGAAAGUGGUGGGGGGGAUGGAGGAGUUAAACCAGAAGUUUCAGAGGCUGGUGGAGAUCAUCCGAGAGAGGGAGACGGAGAAGGAAGGAGCGGGAGGAGGAGAGACACAAGCAGCUGAGGGAGGUGAGACUGCAGAGGCUACUCUUAUUGAGACUCAUAAACAAACAGAGGAAAAGCAACAGCAAAGAUGGGAUUUCUAGACUGCAAUGAAAGGAAAGUUGGAGAUAGAGGAGAACUCUUCUUGACAGUGAUGGAUUUUAAACACAGCAGGGGUGGCAAAAUACACAGCCUCUGACAGGGAUCUUCUUGUUUCUCCCCCCCUGCCAGGAAAAAUCCAUGAGGCUGACAGUAUAGUGAAGAUUUGUGGUGGGAUCAUUGCACAGCCGAUAGUUUUCACCUCCACUAUGUUUAGAAAAUGCAUAUGGUUAAUCUGUCACUUUUCACAGUCUUGUAACUGAUAUUAAUAAUGCACUUGGGCUUUCAAAGCUAAAGUUAUGAAAAAUUUACUUUUUUUGAAAUAUUGAUUCUGAGCCCUGAAAGCUGCAUUGUUAGAAAAUAGGCCUCAUUAAAUAUUGACUGGAAUUGUGAUAUUUAAUAUUGAUAGUUUAAUAGGGGCACACUCACCAGGAGUCCUUGGAACUUCAAUGCAAGAUUUGCAUCUGAAUUGGACAGUUUUAAAACCGCACAGGCGUACAGUACUGUGGGUCUGCACUGCCACGUGUUCACAGAGCCUCUCCAAUGAGUUUUAACUGUAUAGGUUUAUAUUCUGUAGCAAGAGUACAAUUCCAGCAAGUAGUCACCAUUACAGUAGCAGAAUCUGCUCACUAUGCAAUUUGCACACAGUUAGAAAUGAUUAGAUUAUCACUGUUAAAGACCUGUGUACUGUUGUGAAAGUACAGUGAAUUAUGUCCAUAUGUAGAUAUAAAUCAACCUGGACUUUAGUGGUUAUUGCUCAAGAGUGGACAGUUUUUUGGGGGGAGGGGAAUAUUUGCUGUAAUCACAGGAAAUUAAGCAUCCAAUUUGCAGUUAUUAAACUGUUGCAGACAUAAGCUCACCACAUACAACAGUCCCAAUAAUUUCACCCACACAAGAUUAUUUAUAAUUCACCAUUGUGUUUGCUCGUCUAGAAUUAUCUCCAAAGGCUUAUUUAUCUCCCACCUUUUAAAGAGACAAAAUUAGGCAAAAGCCAUUAUGUGAUGCGGCACACACAGGCAUUGUUCUCCUGACGAGCCCCGAACACAGAGCCAAACAAUCAUUUACUUCAAGAGUGUUUAAUGUUAUUCAGGCAAUCUGUCAUUUGACAGUGACUCAUUUCUAUAGCUAUUUCAAAACUCAUUUAUUAUUCAGAGGGUAUGAGGAUGAGUUAUUAAAGUAAUGGCAUUAUUUUCCAAUAAUAUGAUAAAAUGUGUUUGACUUUCUGCAAUUAUUCCCACUUUCUGUCUUCCUCAGUAGUGGCAAUUUAGGUCUUAAUCAGCUGCAGUUCUUGUAAGAUUGCGAUGCUUACAAACUAAAUUUGACAGAAAAUCUUUGGUUCCUUGACAAGAAAAAUGAGGUGUAGAGAAGACUGGACUCCUCAGGCAAGGAAAUGAAAUGCAGAGGAAAAGGAGUGGGAUAUUACAUGAAGUGCAAAAUGAUAACUAGUUGUCACCACACUGCAUAUCAUCAGGAUGCUGUGGAUAUCCGCUCACAUAAUAAUAACUGCCACAGAAAUAUCAUCGUACAAUCAUACCGAGGACAUAUCCUUACCUACAGAUCAGGAACAGAUUUAAUCUAAUAAUGAACUAAAUAUAGACUGUGGAAUGUGAAGGACUCUCUAUGUAUCACCUCAGAAAUAGUCAAGACAAAAAUAGACAAAAAUAAAAUAACAGUAAAUUAAAAUAUGUUUGAAAUUCAAAUGUUCACACACACACACACACACACACACACACACAUACUUUAAAAGAGUGCCAAGAGGAGGGCUGAGAGAUGGGGCACAACAGUGUCUGUCCAGGCAGGUUUGUAACCACAGCUACUGGUAGUACAAUGGUGCCACCCAAAGGUAAAUAGAUGAAUUGCAUCUGUGCUGCCGCCUACAAUGUGUAUUGUGCAGGAGCUGGAAAACAAUACGUUUUUUUUUUUAAAUGGAAAGACUAUAGUUACUAUAAAUAAAUAAAAAGUCUGAUUCAUUUUCACGAAUCAUUCUUUAUAAAGAUGCUUGCCCUAACAGGAGACUUUCAUACGGUUUAUGGCUCAUAUCAGUUCAAUCAUAUCAGUCUCUGUAUGAAACUUUAGAGGAGAAGUACAGGAAUAGUAUGAAAAUUACGGGAAUAGGAGAGGGGAGUCAGAAAUGUGGGAGACUUAUGUUUUUUUUCUACUUGCUGACAAGAAGGUAUUCUACAUUUUUUAGGAGAGCCUGGAAAGGCCCUUUAACUUUUUCUCAUCUUAAAAAGUCCAUCCUCCCCACCACAAAGAUAUUUGUACAAUCCCUAAUUAGAUCUUCUUCUAAAAGAGCAGCAUAAAAACUAUGUGUAUUUGUCAGAUUUUCUCUAUUAUUGCUUUAUUCAUAUGAAUUUCAGGAUAAUAUGGCCUGUUCGGGUCUGUUCACAUAAAACCAGGAGGAGUGGGGCUGUAGAACUGGACUAAUAUAUGCCAGGGGAAGCAGAAAGAGAAGCCAAGUUUUCUUUUUUUUCUUUCUUUCUUUCUUUUUUUUUAACUGAAACAUCCAGUGUCCAUAGAUAU